AUGUUUCCUCUACUAUUUCUAUUAAUUGCAUUUUGUUUUAAUGUUCAUAUCGCUGAAAAUUGUGAGACAUUUUCGAACAAUUUCCAACUGAUAUAUUAAAUUCAAAAAAAAAUUGCAGGUUCUUAUGAGCCAGUAAUCCGUGGGGUUCAUAUUAAUCAAACAUUGGGAGAUUUGAAUCGCCAGAUAUUUCCUAACUCGACAAAUUGCAAGGAAAAAUGUUUGUUGUCUGAGUUUUUCAAUUGCACUGCAGUUAUUUGGGAUAGCGCAAAUCAACUCGGACCGUGUUUUAUAUUAGAUACGGUAAAUCAUUUGUUCCCUUGAAGUGAACAUAGGAGGUGUUGAUUCUGGUGUAGCAGAUUGGCGUCAGAAGUCCCGAAAAAGUCUUUUCCGGGUUUUCCGGAAAUGUUUCACAUAGAACUUCCUGUGUUUCAGUGUUCAGAAACCAGUGAAACAUUGGAAACCACAAUCAGAACCAUAAAAUCAAUGAGAAAACAUUCUUUUCAUCAAUAUGUAAUUAUAUUGCAGGUAAACACCACAAAUGGAAUUAUUACCAAUAACAGUAGUUUUAUUCUGCAUCUCAAAACCUGCGGAAACGACACAAUUCCAAGUGUGAAACCAUGUACUUUUGAAGCCACAGAAAGUCUUAUUAGUGUCGCCUCAAAGAAUAUCUCAUUUUCCGAAUCAUCCAACACAGCUGAAUGUGAAAAUCUCUGUCUUUCCACAUUCAUGUGUCAAAGUUUUAUUAUCAGUGAAACAACUGGUAAUUGUCAUUUAUAUGCAGAAACUCCCACAAAUCUUGAAGUCGGUGAUUCAAUUCUUUAUACCAAAACGUGUGAAAAUGCAAUAAGUCAGUUAUCUCUCAUUAUUUGUUUUUCCAAAAUCAAAAUUCAAAAAAUAAUUCCAGAAAAUUGUAUUUACACAAGUUGGUCUGAAUGGUCAACGUGUUCUGAAUGCAGUCAAUCGAGAACCCGAACAGUCCUUGAACAAUCUGAAGAUGGUGGUGUCGAAUGUUCAGACAAUGAAUCCUACGAGCAAAUUUCCUGUGUUAGUGAUUCAUCCUGUCAAAAAUCAUAAUUUUAUCCUUCAAUAAACUCAUUUAUUUUUCUAGAAUUGCGACUCGAGUUCUGUUCGAAUUUCCAGAUCAUCAGCAAAAAUCAAUAAAAUUGAUUGUGACUAUUCAAAUUGGAGUGAAUGGAAUACGUGUGAUAAAGAAACCUGUCUGAUUCAAAGAAAUCGAACAUCACAAGUUUUUCAAAAAUUAUUUUCAUAUGAAAAAGAAAAUUUUGUUUUCAGAAAUGUGAUGUUGAUGUGGAUAGAUUGCCUUGUAAUUGUUCUGGAACUGCAAUAAGCUCUCAAACUACAAAGGAAACUGGAUGUCGGAUUGAUAAUUUCAGUUUGUACAGUAGACCAUCAUCAAAGGGAAUCAAGGUAAGAUUUCCUAGUGGGUUGGCAAGAAUUAGAAGUUCAUCGUGAUUCAUAAUUUGAUUCCCGAUAUUUUCUAGUCGCUAACCCUUUUCAGGUAAUCUCAAAUCCAACAUCGAGUUGUGCGAAUGCCUGUGCGAGUGAAACCUCCUUCAUGUGUGAAGCAUUUUCUUUACCCGUUUCUGGAAAUGGAUCUUGUAUACUUUAUGGAGAAAUCGAUCAAUAUGUGAUUCAAACCGAUGAUAGUCAACAUUUUCUGCAAGAUGUGUUUUGUACCACUGAAGGUAAAGAUGGAGGGGCGGUUAAAUUAAUGUUAGAUUAUUUUUAGGUCAAGGUGCAGAUAAAUUGUGCAGUUAUUCGUUUAAACGUUCUCUAAAUUUUCCGAAUUUUAAUGAGCCAACUCAAUACAGAAAUAUCACUCUUGAAGGUAAUGAAACUUGUGAGAAUUAUAAUUUGAGGAAUGGCGAAUUUUUAUCUGAUUUUUAUUAUAUGACUCAUGUUGGUAAGGAUUCUAAACUCCUUUUUAUACUUUGACCACUAUUUGAAAUCAUAUUUGUUGCAGAUCCAAAAAGGAACCAGUGCAUUAUUUUCAAUCCUCAAGAAGUGAACGAUAAAUUACAAAACUCCCUGAGUUGGGAUUCAUACACACUUCAAUGUUCAAAAAUUUUCUAA